UAUGUCAGAUCUAUGUCAAAAUUGUAAGCAUCGAUAACUCAAAUAAAAAAUGACAGGUAAGAAGUUCUCAAUGCAAAUCUUAAAUUAGAUUCAAUAAUUACGUUCUCCACGAAAUAUUGAAACACCAUUUAUUAAUGUUAUUGAUUACUUACAAAAAAUACAUAGAAAGAAAGAUGAUUAUUUAGAAUAAGAUUAAGAAUCAGAAAAACAAUUACAAUAUAGUCGAAUUCCAACUCAUGUAUCAAAAUAAAAAACAGAUAUUUAAGUAGAAGAUGCAACAACAACUACUUCUAGAUAAAUUUAAUUUCCAGUUUCAUUAUUCAUUUCAAGAGGAGCAUCUGCUUCUAAAAUUAAAAGUAGUGCAUUUUACAAAAUGAGAUAAAUGAGUUUAGGUUCUAGAGAUAAUAAAAGAAGACGUAAUAUUGAAAUAGGACCUAUGUUUAAUUAAGUUUCUAAAUAUGUCCAUCCAAUGAGACCAUAAACUGUGAGAAGUUUUAAUUCAAAAAUGGAUGAUAUUUUUAAAUCAACCUAAACUACUACUAGAUAAGAGGUGAUGAGACAUAGUAAAUCAGAAAUGAAUCUUAGAUUGCCUGUCUCUAAUAAAUUAAGUGAAGUAUAAUCAUUGAUGAGAAGAGAGUGA